AUGCCCCCAAGGACGUGGGGGGCCCAACUGAAUCUUUUCCGGGCCAUCCUGGAGAAGAUCGGUGCCACUGGCAGGGUUUUGAUCUUGCACAUCCGCGGGGAGAAGGGGGCUCCAACCUCCGAUGGACCUUCCAAGGUUUGUAGGCAAGAGGUCCAACGGAGGGUGAAUAGGCAUCAACGUAUCCAUAUACAUUGCUGCACGUUGGGCCCUCAUGAAGUUGAGGCGUGGGGAAAAACUUUUCCCAACGCUUACUUUAGCUUCAAUGCUCUAGUAAGGUCCUACAACCAGGAACAGCGGGCUGCCCUUAGCCUGCUGCCGCGGAGUCGGCUGCUGCUAGAGACCGACUCUCCACAUCUACCCGUUGGGGGAGGCGUUAUUUACGCCACUCCCGCCUACAUCGGGGAGGUGGGGGAGUUGGUAGCUGAAAUGAGGGGUGACAAUCUGCAGGCCCUCUUGGAGCAGACUCGGGUCAACGCCCAAGCGCUCUACGGCCCGUAG